GACAUUUGACCGAGCGGAAGUACAUCUUCUGUUUAUUCUUUGUAGGCGCUGUGUGCUCGUUUUCCUUGAGAGUCGCCUCACAUUAAUCGCAGUUUGCAAAAGAUGGGACGCAGAAAGUCGAAGAGAAAACCCCCUCCCAAGAAAAAGAUGACCGGAAAUCUGGACACCCAGUUUACCUGCCCCUUCUGUAACCACGAGAAAUCAUGUGACGUCAAGAUGGAACGAAGUCGAAAUACUGGGAUAAUAUCCUGUACUGUGUGUCUAGAGGAAUUCCAGACACCAAUAACUUAUCUUUCGGAGCCGGUGGACGUGUACAGUGAUUGGAUAGAUGCUUGUGAAGCAGCCAAUCAGUAGUUUUGCUGGGUCAAAUGUCACAGACGACCAAAUACACUUGAAGACUUUUGUUUGUUUUAAACUGCUGUACUGAUUCACUGUUCAGUCUUGUAUUGAAGCUGAAAGAAUGAUCGAAUAAAGCCACAGAUGGAGGUUCGGGCAACAUUGAGAUGAUGAUGAUUUAAAAUUCAGCCUUUUCCCUUUUGUUUAUCGUUACAGAAAUGCUGAGGAAAAUGCAACGAACAUCAUUCAUUUCAAAAUAGCUGUGUUUUGUUGUUUUCAUUUGUUUCUAAUCUUUUAGUUUGUCUUGGUUAUUUUACAAUUUAGGUGUUUAUAAGACCAUGUAGUGUCAAUAAAACAUCUGCAUGUUCUCUCUUAUGGAAAUCUGUGGUCUGUUUCUGUUGUGGAAUCAGUUAAAAUGUAAAUGUUCAUAAACAAUUCAGUUUUUAACCAGUACUCAUGGAAAAUAAAGACAAGUCAUUUGAAAAUAGUGAUUUAUUAGUUUUUCACUUGCUCAGCCUUUGUUGGUAAGCCUUAUAAAUAAAGACAUUAGAAGCAUUAAUGCAAGAGGGACACGCUGCAUCACCUUCUGUGAGAAACGAAAGUAAUUCACCGUUUUAUGUUCUUGUGUUCAGCUGUUUCCAGCGGUAAUGCAAAACAAUGACAAUCCUUAACACACACUGAUAUAGAAAUGAAAUAGGACUAAUAUCUUCAACAACUGAUUUACAUGAGGGUGAGAUCUAGUCGCGUCCAAAUGUUGUUUUUUUUUAAAUAGCUAAAUAUAUUAACUAUGCACAUUAAAACUUAUUUUAUAUGUAGACUCACAACCAUCCUAAAUAGUGAGCAGGUCUUGCCUGUUGUAUUUUUGCAUAAUUUCACUUUCAUAAUUGAGUAUCAGGUUUGGCAGGCUAAAAGCGGUAACACUCGUUAAGUUUACAAAAUAAUUUCUAUAUAGCUAUUGGGAGCGAGUCAUUUUUC